GAAUAUGGCAUGCUUGUCAUUGGGUGGCAGCUGUGGAGCCAAGGAAAAAUAGUAGCGUGUGGGCGUGUUUACAGGCUUUCUUCUUCUUUCUCCUCCCUCCCCCCAUUCAUGAGAUCGGGAUGACUGAGAAGCAUUGCAGCUAAGAGCCGGGGCGCAAUAAUCGGACGACGGCGGCGGCGACGACGCGCAGUGAUUGGCCGAGGAGGAAUCGCGAUGGGUUCAGGGCAGAGUCACCCCGACAGCGCACACCACACGUUUAGAGUUCUGGCCACCUUGCUCAUCGGCGGUGCGGUGCUGGGACUGUCCGUCAUCGGCUUCCGCCUCGCUCGGGCGGAGGCCGGGCGGAGCAAGAAGAAGAAGAGGGGCCCGAUUAGGGUGUACAUGGACGGAUGCUUCGACAUGAUGCAUUACGGCCACUGCAAUGCCCUCCGUCAGGCUCGCGCCCUAGGCGACCAAUUGAUCGUUGGCGUUGUCAGCGAUGCUGAAAUCAUCGCCAAUAAAGGCCCUCCUGUCACUCCUCUUAACGAGAGGAUGAUAAUGGUUAAUGGUGUAAAGUGGGUAGAUCAAGUUAUCUCUGACGCACCAUAUGCUAUCACAGAAGAUUUUAUGAAGAAACUUUUCAAUGAGUACAAUAUAGAUUACAUCAUUCAUGGUGAUGAUCCAUGCCUUCUUCCUGAUGGUACUGAUGCUUAUGCACUUGCCAAGAAGGUAGGACGGUACAAACAGAUCAAGCGCACGGAAGGAGUCUCAAGCACUGACAUUGUUGGCCGAAUGCUUCUUUGCAUGAGAGAGAGGUCCACUCGCGAUACCCCUAAAAAUUCAUCCUUGCAACGUCAAUUCAGCCAUGGCCACAACCAAAAAUCUGAAGGCGGUGCUACUGGGAUAUCUCAGUUUCUUCCCACUUCUCGUAGAAUAGUGCAAUUCUCCAAUGGGAAGGGACCUGGACCAGAUGCUCGCAUAGUUUACAUUGACGGUGCAUUUGAUCUUUUUCAUGCAGGACACGUGGAGAUCUUAAGAGUUGCACGGGACCGCGGUGACUUCCUCCUUGUUGGCAUUCAUACUGAUCAAACUGUUAGUGCUCACAGAGGUGCACACCGUCCGAUAAUGAAUCUUCAUGAGAGAAGUUUAAGUGUUUUAGCAUGUCGUUAUGUUGAUGAAGUGAUAAUAGGUGCUCCAAGGGAGGUGUCGAAAGAUAUGAUAACAACAUUCAAUAUCUCGUUAGUUGUUCAUGGGACAGUAGCAGAGGACAAUGAUUUUCAGAAGGAGGAGGGAAACCCAUAUGCUAUUCCAAAAAGCAUGGGCAUUUUUGAAAUACUUGAGAGUCCGUUGGACAUUACAACUAGCACAAUAAUAAAGAGGAUCGUAUCGAAUCAUGAGGCUUACCAGAAGAGGAAUGAGAAGAAGGCAGAAAGUGAGAAGAAGUAUUAUGAGGGAAAGACAUACAUUAGUGAUUAGCUGAUUUUGAAUAGGCGACACCAUACGAUGCAGUUAGUGUCAGCCAUAUCUCUGUUGAAGCAUGUUUGCUUUAUUGUUUAUUUCAGGGUUCUGGUAUAUGUGCCUCCCUCUUUAGAUACUUUUCUCUCUUUGUUUAUUCCAUAGUAUGUACCCAUGUCACCAACUCUGAAUUAUAAGGAAAUUUUGGGUUGAUGAAGAAAAAAUCCAUAGUUGCUUUAUCCUAGAAUUUUUUGCACUCAAUUCAUCACCAGUACCAUCUAUUCAUAAAUAUGAAUGAGUUUU